CACACUCCAGUGAGUAGUUCACAGACUCAACGAGCGGUCUGGGAGGGAAACACGUCUGGCGAAAGAGGUCAGAAUCCAGAAACGUAGCCAGGGGUGAACUUUCAUUUAUUUAUUUUUUGCCUUUCGACAGUAUUUACGCGUAUUUCUUGCCGGCAGGAACCGACUGUGAGCUGGUGAUUGGACUUGACAAGCCCGCUCCGCUACUGUAUCCACUCCCCCUCUUCCCUCCCCCUCUUCAGCCCCACACAACCAGGAAAUCGUCGAGGUGUGCUCGGUUUAUCCCGCUAGUAGCUACCCCGUCUGCGGGUGUAGAUGCGACUCUCCUCCGUUGAAUAUCCUCGUGUUUUGAGGGGUUUUUGGCUUGUUCGAGUUUAAUCAGCAGGGGCUUCCGCUUUGAAGUGAGCCCAAAGUUGCCCGCCAGGAGAGGAGUUUUACUCCGGCCGAACAAUGAGUGAGUCGAGUAUCUGCCAGGCUCGGGCCACAGUGAUGAUCUACGACGACGGCAAUAAGAAGUGGAUGCCGGCAGGUGCUGGACCUCAGACCUUCAGCCGAGUGCAGAUCUACCACAAUCCCUCCAACAAUGCCUUCCGGAUAGUGGGACGCAAGAUGCAAACAGAUCAGCAGGUGGUUAUAAACUGUCCUAUUGUGAGAGGGUUGAAGUACAACCAAGCCACACCUAAUUUCCACCAAUGGCGGGAUGCCCGACAGGUGUGGGGACUCAACUUCGGCAGCAAGGAGGACGCUGCGCUCUUUGCCAAUGGCAUGGCGCAUGCUCUUGAGGUGCUCAACUCCAUCGCAGAUGCAGGCUAUGCAACCCUUCCACGGCCAGUCUCAAAUGGUCCAUCUCUUGAAGAGAUUGAGCAGCAGCGGAGGUUGGAGCAGCAGAGGCUGGAGCAGCAAGAACGUGAGCGACAAGAGCGAGAGCGUCAGGAGAGAGAGAAAAUGGAGCGAGAGCGGCAAGCUGCAGCAGUCUCUGUUCCUCCAGCGCCACCAUUGGCCCCUGGUGGCCAUGUUCCGCCACCGGCUCCUCCCCCUCCCCCCUGUCCUCCUUCGGGAGGUGGCAUUCCUCCCCCUCCAGGACCCCCGCCGGCUGGACCCCCAUCUGGAGGACCGCCACCCGGAGGACCGCCACCAGCUCCACCCCUGCCCUCUGCUGGAGCCGGGGGGCUUGGUGGUGGUGGAGGAGGUGCGGGCUUGGCGGCUGCCUUAGCAGGAGCAAAACUUCGCAAGACUUCUAAACAGGAGGAUGGAUCCUCUGCAGCUCCAGCAGGCAGAGCAGACGCUAGCCGUAGCAGCAACUCCUCUAUUGGAGGAGGUGGAGACCUGAUGGGUGAGAUGAGUGCCAUCUUGGCCCGAAGGAGAAAAGCUGCAGACACUGGAGAGAAGCCACCAAUGAAGACACAAGACAAUGAUGACUCAGAGCAUCAAGGUCAAAGUGACAUCGUGAGAAGACCAUGGGAGAAAUCAUCAUCAUCAUCAACAAUGUCCAGGAAUAACUCCAUUCCCAAGAGCAUGGACCCCAUCUCCUCAUUGUCCCAAAGUUCCAGGGUGAAGCCUGCAAACAAUGGCAAUGAUGCAAGCGGACAAGUGGACGAAUCAGACUUAGAGAAAAUGAAACAGGACAUCCUUGAGGAGGUGCGGAAAGAACUUCAAAAAGUAAAGGAAGAAAUAAUCAAAGCCUUCAUCCAGGAGCUGCAAAAGAGAAGCACAUAGUUGCGAUGUAGCAGAGGGAUGUGAUGGAUGGAGGCCUGUGGGGACCGUUGCUCCACUGCGCCCUCUAUGAUGUAGCCCAGGGAUUUCUCAUUUUUGUCUUCUCUCUCUCAGACACACACAUACACACACACUGCUUUUGUGUCACCAUGCACACAUGCUCUUCUUGUAAAUGGUAACCCAGGGAACUGCCUCCUCAGGCCGCCAUGCCACUCAUUCAAAGAUGGCUCGCCAAUCCCGCUUCUCUCGCCAUUCGUUUAUCCUCAUCCCAAUGUGUCCUCUGUGGGAAUCAGUCCCAGCCGCGGCACCCGUUGUCAUUUUCAUGUCAGGAAUCUAUUCUGCUACGUGUCCCGGUCUAACAAGACACAAAAGCAGUAUUCAGGGAUUCAAGGUAUUGGCCACAUUUGUACUGUAACAGCAAUAUGCCCAAUGUUGAGGUCACACAUCUGCUGUUUUAUUUCCAUUCGUGCUAAUCUGGAAGAUAUUAAAGCAACCGUUGGGAUUAGAUUAGAGAACCCUGACUGCAGCUCCAAGCCUUCACUGCUGUGGGAAGAAGAGCCGAGCAAAGUGGUCGCCCAUGGAUAAGCGGAAUGCUGCAUUGCACUUCCUCUGGAGUUGGGUGUGAGCGUGUGCCACACUGCCUUGACAGACUCCGCCACCCCCCAUGUUUGUUGUUGGCCAGUGCAGUGGUCUUAAACUGUAAUUCUGCUGGUUCUUUGUUCUAUUACGCUAUAUUUUCUACUUUUUCUGAAAAAAAAAAAAAACAUGGCCAUGAAUAGGUCAAUUAAUUUGGCCAUGACCAACUGCCUUGAGAAUAAAUAUAUAAAUAUAUAUAUAUAUAUAAGGAUAAAUAUAUAUUUGUUUUGAGGGAAAGUGUUAAAAAAUGAAAUGGUUUUUCUAUUUUAAUUAAAAUGACUGGUGAAUGGGGAUUUUUUUUGUUUAAUUUUGAUGAUUGUUUUCUUAUGAGAUGUUGUUUUGGGUUUCUUUUUCUUAGAGAAUCUAGGCUUUUUACACUGAAAUAUAAAGAAAACAGCUUAGAGACACUGGAUUAGAAAUGCCUUUAUAGUCCAAUACAGCUGCUUCUUGAAAUGCA